AUGGCGCGUUCCGGCAGCGAUGGCGACAGCGAUGACGCUAUGCAGUAUAGCAAGCCGUUACGCCAGCAGAAGAAACUCUGCGAUGAGGCCAUGGAGCUGGUUAACGCUGGUGUGGCGAUGCAGAAUGCGUCUCCUCCCGAUGCGGCUGGAGCCGACGCCAAGCUCUCUCGCGCGGUGACACUCAUGGAGCAGGCGUUGGCCAUCGAGUACCCCACGCAGGAAGAGCGAGACGCCAGUCAACGCCUCAACAGCAAAAUGAACCGAUAUGUAAAGAUGAUCCGCAGUCAGCGCGAGAAGGGCACGGCUGGCGGCGCUACGGGCCGCGGACAUAACACCAAGUACAACAUCUUGCCCAUGGACAACCUGCCGACCACGUAUAAUGCCGUGGUCGAGCUUAUGACCAACUCGUCUGCGGUAGGUGACAUCUUUGAAAGCCUCAAGGGCGCGUUCGGUUUCCAGGAGUCCAAUAUCGCCAAUCAGAAGGAGCAUGUGCUGCUCAUGUUGACGAACUUCAAGCUUCAGGAGGAGGAACCGAACCAGAACAACGAGGAGCACCACCAGCUGGACCGACAACAGGAGCUGGAUAUGGCUAACAAGGGUAUUAAGCGCUUCCACGGACGCAUCUUCGCCAACUACACCAAGUGGUGCAAGUACGUGUCUACCAAGCCUGCCUUCACGAGCGACCCCCUAGUGGAUAUCGUGCUAUUCUUCCUGAUCUGGGGAGAGGCUGGUAACUUCCGUCAGAUGCCCGAGUGUCUGUGCUUCCUGCUACACACUUCACUACCUCAGGCCUCGUCUCGUGGUGGUGGUAAGAACCCUGGUGACUUCCUUGCCGAGGUAAUUCGUCCGAUGUACGAAGAAGUCAAGAAAGACAACGACAAGAAGACCGCACAGGGUGCUCGUGCUCCUCAUGGAGAGAUCCGUAACUACGAUGACUUUAACGAGUUCUUUUGGAACAAGAAGUGUCUGAAAUACAACCCGACGACCAUCCACGAAGCAUUCGGCGAAGUGGACAAAAAGGGUCGCCCCAAGGUCAUCAAGAAGAGUUUUGUGGAGAAGCGCACGUGGAUACGCGCUCUCAUGUCUUUCCGUCGUAUUUUCUGCUUCAACUGCGCAUUGUUCCUGGCAGUCUGCGGUUUCGCUCUCAACAUGGUCAUGUAUUGCCCGGACACGCCAAUUUUGUACGGCGCUGAUUUGAGCAACGGAGACUCGCGUGGUUUUACGGUAUUCGGUAAGAAUUUCACGGCUUCCGACAGCACUGGCAUUGGAUCUGGUGACGGAUCAGAGGACAAGUCAAGCGAUGGAUCCGGUCCUUCCUGUAACCACCAAAUGCUGGCUACGUGUCUUGGAAUUACCUACACGACCGGUAUCUUCGAAGACAUUCCCAUUGAUUUCAAGGCUCUACUCCAGGUUGUGCCGUUUACGGACUGUGUGGAGAAAAGCACGGGUCGGUGCGGAUGCUACUUGGAUCUGAUUGACAACUGCUUUGCGGAAACAGGCCAAACUACGAGAGUAACUGAAGACGAACUGGCGUUCUCGUCUUCAAGUGAAUUCGACCAGAGUAUGUGUGUGGUGAACUGGCGUGCUGCCGUUGAGAGCAUCAUCAAGAAGCCUGGUCCGGGUAAGCUAAACUGCGAGAUCUGUCAGUUGGAUAUCAAGGCGUUGAUCACAAACGGUAAGAUCGGUGAUCUGUUUAGCGGUCUGUUGAAAAUGGGAGAUGGUACCCCACUUCCGGACGGUGACAUUGACAACGACAAGCGUACGGAUAUGGGUGGUCUUGCUAUGCUUGGUGGUGCUGGAUGCAUCGGUCUCGUCGUUGCGUGUGAGUUUUUCAACAAGAUCUUCUCGCGUGUCGGCUCCGGAUACGUGGGUCGGUCGAUGCCAGUUCCCAUUCGCGCGUACUGCCGAUACACUUGCUUUUGGCUGCUAUUGUUCCUCUGCAAGCUUACGUUUGACUACCAGUACAUGAUCAAGGCGCUGGUGGAAACAACACUGUUCAUUUGGUACGCGAACGAGGAUGAGUAUCUUCCGUACUCCAACUUCAUCCUCCAGAUGACUUUCCACAACAUCAUCUACAUCUUGUUCCUAUGGAUCCCGGCGUUCUUUGUGUUCAUGUACGACGCGCAGAUUUUCUACUCGGUUUUGUCGGUGAUUUUCGGUUCGUUUGCUGGUUUCAACCUCCGUAUCGGUGAGCUGCGCUCAUUCCGCGUGCUGCGACUCUCGUUCAAGUCCAUUCCUCGUAUGUUCAACAAGAAGAUUGUCCCGAACAUCCAGGAUGGCGCAGCUGAUGGCAAGAAGAAGAAGAAGAAAAAGAAAAAAGGAGAGACGGAAGAAUCAACCAUGCCUGUCCGCCACUUUGAGCGUGUGUCAAUGGCUGAUGGCAUCAAGCCUCUUACGGUGAAGGCCCAAAUGUACUCGAACCUGUUGGAUCAGAACGGAGAUCAUUUGUACAACGAGGUGAAGACUCCCAAUGACAAGGAUGACGCCAGCUCAAGUGGCCGUCAGUCCCAGUUGGGAUCGGUUACCGGUGUGUCUGGCGCUGACUUCGAGCGUACGAUUGCCUUUGCUAUGGCGUGGAACCGCUGCUUGGGUAGUCUACGCGAGGCCGACGUCAUCAGCGAUCGCGAGCUGAAUGUGCUGAGCUAUCUUAUCGACUCGAAGGACGCCGAGGAGCGAAAACUGUACCCACCUGCUUUCUUGACCGCUGGCAAGCUGGACGAAUCCCUUGACAUCAUUGUCGAUUGCUCGGCUGUUUACGAGAAGCUGAAUACUGACAAGAAGAAGAAGGAGAAGGCACUGCAGAAAAUUGAGAACACCAUGCGUGACCGCCUGACUAAGGAUGACCUGCGUGUGGAGUCGAUUCUGGGGUCAUACAAGUUUACGUCGCAGGCUCUCCGCUUCUUGCUUGGUGAUGAGCACAGAGAUCUGAACGAAUGUUUUGAGUUUAUGGAAGAAAUGGCUGCGCAGAAAUCGAUCCUGAAGGGGCUUAACUUGAAGAGUCUCCACGAGUGCCGCGCCGCAUGUGCUGAACUGAUGAAGGCGCUGCUCGAAGUGCCGAAGACGACGUCAGACAACAGUAUCAAGUUCCAGCGCGCGCUUUACCGCGUUAUUGAUUGUGUGGAGACUGUGCUGAACUGCAUGAAGAAGAUCCUGGUGAAACAGGAGAAUCUGGUGCAGAUCUUGACGGACACUCCGCUGAAGCAGAGCUCGUUCUUCUUUCCUGGUGACGCUCAGCAGUAUGCUAACAUGCAGCUGCAACGUCUCGUAAACUCGGAGGCUGCUUUGGACAUUGUGUCGCGAGCCUACCAGCUCCUGACGGUGGAUAACUUCGAUGCUGAGCCACGCUCGGAUGAAGGACGCCGCCGCUUGCGCUUCUUCGCCAACUCACUGUUCAUGGACAUGCCUGAUGCCAAGCCGAUUCGCAAGAUUCGGUCGCUGACAGUGUCGACGCCGUACUACAACGAAAUUGUCAUGUACUCGAUCAAGGAUUUGACUGCUCAAAAUGACGACAGCAUCAAGCUGUUGUACUACCUGAAGACCAUUUACCCGUUCGAGUGGGAGAACUUGCUUGAGCGUCUUCAGGCCAAGGACAUGGAAGAGGCUCUGAAAAAGUACCCGGAGGAAGUCCAAAUGUGGGCCAGUUACCGUGGUCAGACGCUUGCCCGUACCGUGCGUGGCAUGAUGUACAACGAGGAUGCCAUCCGCUUCCUGCACUGGUUGGAAAUCUGUGAGAACGAGGUCAUGCACCAGUUUGGCUGUCCAUGCAACAAGUGUAAGCGUCUGGAUGAAAUGGUGGCUCUCAAGUUCAACUACGUAUGCACGUGCCAGAUUUACGGUAAGCAGAAGGAUGAACAACGCCAACAGGCUGCUGAUUUAGAACAUCUGCUGCGUAAGCACCCGAGCUUGCGUGUGGCUUAUGUGGACGGUCCUAAAAAGAUGAAGGAGGGUCCACCCAAGUUCUUCUCCGUUCUGGUUCGUGCUGACGGUGAAAACAUUGCUGAAGUGUACCGUGUCGAGCUGCCGGGUAACCCGAUCAUUGGUGAAGGUAAGCCCGAGAACCAGAACCACGCCAUUAUCUUUUCGCGUGGUGAGCUGCUCCAGUGUAUCGAUAUGAACCAAGAUGGUUACCUUGAAGAGGCCCUGAAGAUGCCGAACCUUCUAUCGACGAAGGAUACCGAGACUACCAAGGUCCCCCUCACAAUUAUUGGUUUUCGCGAGCACGUGUUCACGGGUGGCGUGUCCAAUUUGGCCAGUUUCAUGUCCAUUCAGGAGCUGUCGUUCGUAUCGCUUGGUCAGCGUAUGCUGGCGAUAAACCAUGUUCGCCAGCACUACGGUCACCCCGAUAUUUUCGACAAGCUGUUUGCCAUGGGCUGCGGUGGUACCGCCAAGGCUUCCAAGGGUGUGAACCUUUCGGAAGAUAUUUUCGCUGGUUUCAACAGUACCCUUCGCGGUGGUCGCGUCUCGCACGAGGAGUUUAUCCAGGUGGGCAAGGGUCGUGAUGUCGGUAUGCAGCAGCUGGCUCUGUUCGAAGCCAAACUGUCUUCGGGUGCCGGCGAGUGUGUGAUUUCUCGUGAUGCGAUGCGUAUGGCUUCUCGUUUGGACUUCUUCCGUCUGCACUCGUGGUUUUACGGUAACUUGGGAUGGUACUUCACGCAGACGAUGACUGUUGUGGGUGUAUACUUCUUCAUCUACGGCAAGGUGUACAUGGCUCUGAGUGGCAUGGACAGCUUCUUCCUCGAAAAGGGUGGUCUGGGUAUUGGUGGUACGUUGAACACAUCGUGGGCCUUCCAGUUCGGUUUCUUGCUUGUAGUGCCUGUUGUUGCCGUCGUGGGUGUCGAGCAGGGCUUCCGUCAUGGUGUGACGUAUCUGCUUUGGAACAUUAUGACUCUUGGUCCUCUGUUCUUCACGUUCCAGAUGGGCACGCGUAUGCACUACUUCGACCGCACGUUAAUCCACGGUGGUGCCAAGUACCGCGCUACGGGUCGUGGCUUCACGAUCAAGCACGAGAAGUUCGCCGAGCUUUACCGCUUCUACGCAUUCAGCCACUUCUAUCGUGCUGUGGAGCUUAUCUUCCUGUUGAUUUUGUUCCGUGUGUACGGCACUUUCUCGUGGUGCAACUGCUCGUGGACGCAGGAUGCUUUGUUCUACAACUACUACAAGCCGUCAGAUAAUGACUGGAACACUCGAUGCUACGCUAACUACUACCAGACGUGUGUCGAGCCGACGAACCAGAACUACGGCAUUAUGUCGUACUCGCUGUGGAUUAUUGCAGCGACGUGGCUGUGGGCUCCGUUCUUCUUCAACCCGAGUGGCUUUGACUGGGACAAGCUGAUCGAGGACUACAAUGAUUGGCAGAACUGGCUCAAGACGACGAAUGACUCUGCUGCCAGUUGGUCGGGUUGGUGGUCCAAUGAAGUGGAGUACCUGGAGCACUCGACAAAGGGCGCUCGUUUCGUGUCGAUGAUUCGUAAGACGCGCUUCUUCUUCGUCGCCUACGGUUUGUAUCUGCAGUUGGCGUACAAGACGUACUACGAAGACCGGGAUCUGAAGAUCGAGAAGGGAUCCAUGAUCUCCUUCGCACUCUCUGGUGCCAUGUUCAUCUUGGUGCUACUACUGCUGUGUUGUGGCUACAUCGCCAGCCGUGUCAAGAAGAAAUUGACCUUUAAGCAGAAGAAGCUACGCAAGAUGAAGUUUGUGCUCUCUUGCUGUGGCCUGUUGGUGGCAUGCGCGAGUCUGCUGGUCAUCUCGCUCACCAAUUUGCUGGAGAUCAUCAUCAUCAUCUUGAUCGCUGCGUACUGGUUCCUCCAGCUAUGCGUCUACCGCAACCAGACGAGUCACGUGGUGGUGCGCGCGAUGGCCCGAUCGUACGACCGAUGGACGGGCUGGAUCAUUUUGGGUCCGGUGCUCUUCAUUGCCAUGUUCUUGCCGUUCCUCUCGGCCUUCCAGCAGCGUGUCAUGUUCAACAACGCGUUCACAUCGGGACUAGAGGUGUCGAAACUCUUUGCGAACGAGGCGGCCUCGUCCACGAGCAAGAUCGUCAAGGUUAAGCGUGUGGCCAAGAAGAAGAAACGAAGUGACUAG